UGCUAUCAUUCCUAAUGAGAAUCUGUCCUGUAGGUUGAAGUCAACUCCAGUCUCUCCCAUUACGACCAUCAUUCCUCCCGACACACUAUCUGCAGCCUGGACAUUCGGCAACAUGGAUAUCGAUGUACCUGAAGAGAAUACGCAGGCCAGCACCUCGCAGCCCAAACGUUCAUUCACCGUCCCGGUGGACGACGCGCACCCCUUUGACCUUGAGAGCUACAUAUCCAAUUACUCCGGGCGUACUGCUGUGGACCGCCUGAUUCACAUAAUUCAACUGUGCCCAACGAUUGCCGUUGAUGCUUUCCACCUAGCCAUCCAGCAUAUUCACCAGUCUCGCGACCCGUCUCAGUACCAGGGCCUCGUAACGGCGUACGAGCAGGCUCAUGCGAAUGCGAAUGGGUCCCUGCCACCGAUAUCUGAAUUCGCUUCGCUCAGCACACGGUGGAUUGAUGAGACCCUUGCUAAAAACCAGUCGGAUCGAUUGAAGCUCGAGAUGGAGCUGAAAACAUACUCGAAUAAUAUGAUCAAGGAGAGCAUUCGGAUGGCUCAUCGCGACUUGGGCGACUUUUAUCGAGUCAUCGGAGAAUACGCCACGUCGCUGAAGCAUUACACAAAAUCCCGAGAAUACUGCACUACAAGUCAACACGUCCUCGAUAUGUGCCUUUCCGUCCUCGAACUUCUUAUCGAACAAAGAAACUACGGCCACCUACCUACCUAUGUCUUCAAAGCUGAAGCCGCUUUGGACGCAGCCACAGCCGCCGCCUCUGCUUCCGCCAAUAAAGACGCCCCUACACCAAUGGUUUCAACUGGCGCAAAAAAAUCCUCCCCUGAGCGGGACAGAGUGCAGUCCAAACUCGACUUUGCUACAGCCUUGUCAUAUCUAGGACAGGACAAUUACGAGAAGGCGUCGUACAACCUCCUGCGACUGGGGUCGACGAAGGAUCUCGGUGAAUGGAUUGGGAGGCUCGUCAGCCCAAGCGAUAUCGCUAUAUAUGGUACUAUAUGCGCGAUGGCGAGUCUCUCUCGCAGCGCGUUCAAGGCUCGAGUAUUGGAUAACUCUUCGUUUGGCGUGUACAUCGAGCAGGAGCCCUAUCUCCGUGAACUUAUCGAGGCGUACAUGGCCAGCAAGUUCCAGACUGUACUUGAUCUUCUAUCGCGGUACUCUACUCGCCACUACAUCGACAUCCACCUCACCUCGCACGUGCAUGCUCUGAUGAAUGCGAUCAAAAACCGUGCCGUGGUGUUAUACUUCCAGCCGUUCUCGUCCAUUCGUCUCGACAGGAUGAGUCAAGCCUUUGGGUGGAGCGUAGACGAGACGGAGGGCCAAGUGGUUACCCUCAUCCAAUCAGGAGAUAUACAAGGAAGAGUGGAUAGUCAGAACAAAAUUCUGCAGGUCAAACAGGUUGACCACAGGGCGGAUUUGUUCGCGCGCGCCAUCAGGGCUGGGAAUGAUAUGCAUUCGGCGAAUAGAAAGCUGUUAUUGAGGAUGCGGCUGCAGCAGCUGGACCUAGUCAUCAAGCCUCCCAAGGGGGCAUCGUCUUCACAUCAGAGUUCCAUGGGGGAGUAUAUUCAGGUUGAAUGAGGGUGUUCUCCUUUCCAAUCCAUUAUUAGUCUGUACAAGUAUACGCAAUCGUCAAUCCAUCAUUCAAGUUGUACAAAGAACCCUGCAAGCCUUACGCGCUGUCCGCGCCGCCUGUGAUAGCCAAACGCCACUGGUACUGGGCUCUUG